AUGGCUCUUCAGCUAGUUGGUUUCACAAGGAAGAUGUGGGUGGGGAUGCUAUUUGAUAGUAAUUUGGUCCUUCAAUAUCAGUAUCAAACUGUGCACUCUCACAGCAACGCCGAAAUGAGAGAGAGGAAGAAAGGAGCAGCACGAGACCGUCAGCUACGGCCUGCUCCCAAGCCUUCCUCUAUGGGAAGCGGCGAGGAGGGCUGA